AUGUUGAUCGCCUGGAUUUGCUCGCAAGAAUUGGGAUUUGUUUUAAAAUCGGAGCAGAGGGAAGCUUUGGAGUUGCUACUCAGGGGAAAGGAUGUUUUCUGUGUUCUACCAACAGGAUUUGACAAAAGCCCUAUUUAUCGGAUGUUUGUUUAUGCAAAGAGUUCUUCAAGUUCCGUGCAACGGCCGACCGUCAUUGUUAUCUCCAUUAUCUCGCCUGGCUAAAAAAGCGAUCGGUAGGAAACACACGACUUUUACCCCAUGCAAACAUGCCGCUUGUUCCAAUGAAUUGUUUUCUCCGUCGAGUAGAUUAUGCUUUGGAGGAAAACGUUUUGACUGAGCAAAUGUGA